AUAUGUAUGAAUAUAUUAUACAUAUAUAUAUAGAAUUUUGGAAGGAGACUACUGACUGCACCACUGACACGCACGCACACACAUUCGCAAUAAGUCUUUCAUUCCCGUCUCGCGAACGGGUAUCAUGGCGGCGGUCGAAGGAGCUCCCGGCUCAUCACCGAGCCUAAAAAUGUCAGCCAAGCUCCUGCGACACAAGGCACAAGAGUUUCUCGCUUCGCGAAAACAUGCCAAUAAUCUCGUUGAUAUUAUCGCCCAGUGGGAUGAUUCUAGCACUGCCUGUAUUCUCACUCUCGAGACAAUAUUCGUUGAGUUACUCAGACGCAAUGACAUGUAUCUUGAGAGAACCAUUUCACUCACCAUUUCAGAACCUGAACCGGAGAUUCGUUAUGUAAAUUGGUUACGCAAUUGUUACGAGGAGGUAUGGGAAAAAAUAUUGGCGUCAAUAGAGCGAGGUCGUCCAGCUACGCAAUUACAAGCUUUGACUACCGCAAUGAAGAUCAUGGCUGAGGAAGGGAAAUUUCCCUUCGAGCCUGUCGGCGAAUUGGGCUAUUAUUUUCCUCUAUACAGACUCAAGCCGAUUCUCAUGAGUUUGUUAUCUCCUAAUCAAGACAACAUCAAUUUGAUCGCAAGGCUCCAAGAGAUCACCAAUUAUACAGAUGCUUUAUAUUACACAUGGAAGAGUCUUCCAUCGUUGACACCAAAGCGUCAACCCCAAGAAAUUUUCAUAAAAAAUUUGUUAGAACUGAUACACAAAUUGCCACUGCCAAAAGAUAGCGAAGCUCAAGAAUGUCAAGAUUUGCUGUGCGGUCCUCAACACUCAGCUGGUGGUUUUACAUGGGAUCAUUCAUCAGCAAAAAGAUCACUAAAUAAAGUAUGGGCUUGUGUAAUGCAUUGGGAACUGACGCCUCAAUUGCAUAAGCAAUUGUUGAUUGUACUUCUCGAGCGGGUUAUGCCUCACUUGGAGAAGCCCGUCUUACUCACGGACUUUCUCAUGGAUUCGUUGGACGCGAAUGGUCCUAUCGGACUUCUUGCUCUUCAAGGUGUUUUCGUUCUCGUCACUAAGCAUAAUCUCGAAUAUCCAAAUAUAUUUACCAAACUUUAUUCGAUGUUCGAGCCUGAAAUUUUCCACACCAAGUACAAGGCUCGUCUUUUCUAUCUCUCCGAUUUAUUUCUAAGUUCCACGCACUUGCCCGAAGCUCUUGUAGCAGCCUUUGCAAAGCGAUUGGCGCGCUUAACUAUGGUGGCACCACCGGAGGACAUCUUAAUAAUUCUCUUGUUUGUGGGAAAUUUAUUAUUAAGGCAUCCGGGCUUAAAACGUUUGAUAGAUCAUCCCCAUGGUGGGGGGGCCGUUUCUUCCGAAGGCUCGGGAAUGGCCGAUCCAUUUUUAAUGGAAGAACGGGAUCCUCUGCAGAGCAAUGCUCUCUUGAGCAGCUUAUGGGAAAUAAAAGCUUUGCAGCACCACGUGUUGCCUAGUGUAGCGACCGCGGCGAGAUUCAUAAGAGAUCCUUUGCCCUCUGUCGAGUACGAUAUGGCCACAGCUCUUGAAAAAACCGGGGGUCACGUAUUCGAUCGUGAAAUCAAAAACAAAGUGAAGGACAUAAUGUUGACUUUCGAGCGACCAAGCUCGAUGGCAUUACCCAAGGGUGAAAGAUUACUCCAGUAUUGGCAAUUGACGACGAUUCGUUGAUUCGACGUCGAUCAAUCGCCUCUUCACAGCGAGCGAUGGCUAGAGAAAAAAUCAUGGAAAUACUAUGGACACAACAGAAAUCAAGACGCAAAGAGAACAAAUGAAAUAAUAAGGAGAGGAAAACGACAAAAAAACAAUUCGAAAUAUCAAGAAUAUGUAAGAUCAAUGGUAAGGGCGAUGCGGAAUCUGCCAUCAGUUUUGUGACGGCUCCACGACAUUACGCAUCUAUACAUAUUUAUUUAUUUAUUCAUAAAUAUAUAUGUAAACGUGUACGACGUGGGAAAUCCGAGUUAAAACAAGUCCAUCGACUGUGCAAUUGUGUUAUUUGCCAAGGCCCGUCAAUGUACACAUUGUGACGAACUCACGUGUGUGAAUUACGCUAUUUUCCAGUCAUUUUCGAUCAAAGCGGAUGACGUUUAUUUUUAUUUUUUUCUUUUAUUUUAUAUAUAUAUAUAUAUUUUUUUUUUUUUAAUUAAUUUAAGAGCAUGGAUCAGUCGGUUUAUCGCAACCGUGAGUGCGAGAGAGAUAGCAAAGAAUUUCAAUUUCGAAAAUUCCAAGUGAGGUUACGUGACUGAUCUAUGCUCUUAAGUCGAAUCGACGAAAUUUUGUUCUUCUCUAUCGUUCGACCGUACGAUUUUUAUUAUGGAAAAGUACCAGUGUUUUUCCUUUUUUAACCUCAACUUCAUCUGAAACGAAUUUGUGUGAAUAAGUUUACUACCAUUUUCGAACGCGGGCGCAUCGCGUUAGUUUUUUUUCAGCUGAGUGAAUCGCGAAUUUCGAUACAUUGUAUUACGUACGACAUAUCUUUGCAGCCAAAAUUUGUAUUCAGUCAGAAUUUCCAUGUUCCAUCAACAAUUCAAGAAUAAGAAAUGAAAAAGUUCAGUGAUCUUUGCGAUCUCGAAUAUUGGAAUAAAAAAUUAACGCUUCAGGUACAUCUAAGAAAUUCAUUUCUUGAUUCAAAAAAAAUGUUGGAGAAUGGUUUAUUACUUUUUAUAUCUAUUACUAUUAUUGAUAUUUUUUUCCACAUUAUUAAAUCAAUUGAAAGAUGAAUAUUUGAAAUACAUUGUACGGUAUCGAAAUUCUGUGAAUAAUUUUUUCUAUUUGAAAAAUUGAUGUGUACAAUAUCCUCAACAACAUCGGUCACGUUGAACCGCGGCCAAUUUCAUGUGAGUUAACUUUGUCGGACUGAAUCGUUUAUACGCACGAAAGUGAUAUAAUAAGAAAAUUGAUUUUAAAGAGAAAACGAUUACACAGAGCAAUAAAUUGAAAAACUUUUUGAAUUUA